CUCCCGCAUGUCUCGCCCACGGCUACCGCACCUAUCGAGCUAUCUACCUUAACCUAAGGUAGGUAGCCAUCCGGGACAUGGGGGGCUUCCUCGAUCGAACAAAGAUGCUUCCCAUCAGGGAAAAAAAGACAAAGGACCCUUGGAAACGCGAACCGAGCCAUGCGCCGGAUUAAUCUACACAAUCUCUCCAACACCUCUCGUCGGGUUCCCUCUCACCUCAUCCGUCCAUCGGCACCUCAUCCUCUCUCAAUUUUUGCCCCGCCUUACUACUGCAUACCACUGCAUGCCUGACGUCCCUCCCCAGCUCGCCUAACAUCCCGUCAGUGCUAGGUAUGCUGCAGACAGACUGCUGCAUCAUACUCGUCAUCCGCAAUGGAAGGUCCCGGUGCUCAUGACCGCCACCAAUACGCUACAGACGAGAUCGUCUACCCGCCCAGUCCUGGUUGGUCAAUGUCAGAGCCGGAACUACAGACACAAGCCGUCAUUCCAUUACGGCCAAUCACCGCAGAGCCUCGCCCGCGCCGCCCAGACUUUUUCAGUCUCCCUUACGAGCUCCGCCUAGACAUCUACGAGCUCCUGCUCCUCAACCCGGAGCCCAUUAUCGUGUCGAGCAGCCGCCGCCAGCUCCACGUCAAAGUUAAGCCGCCGGAGCACCAAGUCGCCUACCUACGCGCCCCCCGUCCGAGACCUCGCGUCGUGUCACUCACCCAUGGGAAACCCCACGUCGAGAUCCUACAGACAUGCAGGCAGAUCGAACAAGAAGGGACCCCAAUCCUCUAUGGCCGCAAUGACUUCGUUGUCGGAUUGAGGCUACGUGCGACGCAGAGCCACCGGAUGGACCCCUUUAUCCAAUAUCUGCGGCCAUCGACACUGCUUCAGCUGCGCUCGGUCACUUUGCGGCCGGGUUGUUGUUGUGACCAGUGGCUCAAAUCUCUUGGGAGCGGUCAGAAUGUCGCAAGCAUGCUAAGCAGCAUGCAGCUCAACGAGCAGAGAGAUCACAAGCAAGUAUUCUGGGACAUCGAGACAGCCAUGUGGCAGAAUGUUGUCAGCAAGAGCCGAGUUUGUGCCUUUUGCCAUACCACUACUGGGGAGCGUAUGUUCAUAUAAAUUCUACAAAGUAUGUCCACAGAGGCUGGCUCUCACAUCGCACUGGUGUCAAGGGCCUAAUGAGCCGAAACGGGGUUGUGAUACGAUUAUGAAUUGCUCUUGUCACUCGAGUUGGC